CGUAACCAACGAAGUGUUAGAUUUUCCUCAUUCGGUCGAAACCAACUGAGCAGUGAACAACCUCCACUAAAGCAAAAAAUUUUCCCAAUUUAUAUAACGUGUAAAAAAGAGUGAGAAAUAUUGUGUUAAAUAAAUUCAGUGCCUUCAACCCGCCUUGUAAAAAUGUCGAUCUUCGAGCAUCCCGACCAGCUGAAAAUGCUGCAGGAUCUACUGAAUCCCAAUCAGAGGAGAGGCGGCAUCGAUUACAGCAGUGAUGAAGAUGAGGAGGAGUCCAUGGUGGUCCACAAACUGAAUCCCGGAGGAAUUGGUCGUUCUAGUGAACCCGAUUCUACCGGCAAGACCAAGAAAAAGAAAAAGCCCAAUCCUCUGGCCACUCCUUUGGUGGAGGAGGAGAAAAAGCAGCCUGAGAGUCUGGAACAAUGGCAGGAGCAGCAGGAGCGUGAGGAUAACGAUAUACUAGAAACCAGGAAGAGUCCGGAGUAUACAAUGACCUAUCGUCAGGCAGUGGGCACUGAGGACGUCUUCCUGCAGAUGGGCAACCGCACUGGAUCCUCGGCCAGCUGUGAAGACUUGAUCCUGGAGAUUUCUCUGCCGGAUGAGGAAAUGGCUGCGGACAAGAUGUCGCUCAGCUUACAGGAAACGGAAAUAGAUCUGGCGACCUGCUUGUACCGCCUGCGCUUACCGCUUCCCCAUCCCGUGAAUGUGGAUCGUUGUCAGGCGAAGUACGACAGUGAGCUGAAGAAACUGAGGCUCACUUUGCGCCUGAAACGGGAACUAGACUACGUUAAUUUUUAAAAACUAAAAAAGUAAUUUCUUACACUUUACUCGUUACACAAUUGUUCAUUUCUGAGGUUCUUACACUAGUACCAAAAUUCAUGUGAACUUUUUUUAAACCUCAUUACACAAUUGUUCACUAAAGUGAAACCUGUGCUUCUACAACGAUUAACAAAAUUUAUGUGUAUAGGAAAUUUGGAAUUUUUCUACACCUUGCUCAUUACACAGUUUUACACUAAACCUGAUUUUCCGACGUGCUCCUUUCAUGUGUUAGGAACUGAACUUAACUGAACUCAAAAUAAUGUAUGUCCAAAUUUAUUGUGUGAUAUA